GGCACACGAUUUGUAACCAGUAGUGCAGGGCUACCGCGACUAAUCUGCAACUAAUUUCAAUAUUUUCUCCACCACUCUUGGGUGAAACGAUCAAUGGAAUCACCUGAACCAAUAGACCCGCUGACUGCUGCUCAUGAAGCUACAGCACUGUGGCACCGCCAACAGGCCGCCAGCCAGCAAGACUGCGCUGCACGAACUUGGCACAGCGAUCAGGCGGAGCACUGGACAGCGGUGGCAGACCGGCGCCGUGAAAUAGCGGAACGGGCUGCGCGACGGAGGCGCGAUGGCACGGAGCUCGGUCGCCUCGCCGAAGACAUGGUGUUUGAGGUCCUGGAGGCGUCUCAAAUCAAAGAGGUUUUGUCUCUUGGCGCUACGUCGCGCCGCCUUCGCACCCUCACGACAGCGGACCGCCUUUGGGCGCCGCGGGUUGCCACGGAGCUCAGCUUUGGGUCCAGUCUCGCCGCUUCCACGGUUGCGUCGCUGGCGAGCUUCGGAUGCGACCCGCGACGCCUGUGCUUGCAAUUCCUCCCGUGGCAACGGGCGUGGCCGCCCGCUGAGUUCCGAAGCACACACGGUGACGGGGAAGUAUUUGCGUGGCGGCCGCGCGAUGAGGUUCCGGCGAGCCUGCGUCUCCCGUUCGCGCAGGAGUGGGUCUUCUGUGAGAUCUAUGAGCGGGACAAUUCUGGCAAUUACAACGCGUUCGCUAGCAAGGUCGUGCGGCUCGCUGACUGUGGACCGUGGGCAAACAACCCGCGCACUUUAAUCGUACCUCUUGACUUGGAUACGGCUGGCCACCAUAACCAGGAGCCAUGGUACGAAGUUCGUGUCUUCGCUCUCGUCAGUGGCGUCGUGGUGCCGAUCUGCGACACGGACGCGAUGGACGGCGAGCUGGGCGAGCGAUACGUCUACUUGAAUUCGCGUCCCCCUGUAUCUGACCGGGCCGAUAUUCACGAGAUGAUACUGCAGCUGAAGGUCGGCUUUAAUACGACUGAGGACCACCAGCCUCAUACGUACGAGUUCAAUAGCCUGCAUAUCGCUCUGAGGGAAUACGAAAACGACUCUGACUCGGAGUCGGUCGAAGACCCCGCACGCGCAAGAUACGAGGCUCACUACGUCGUUGAUGGGCUAAGACGCUUUCUUAGCAGCGAUGCUAUCAGCGCCCAGCGAACUGCGUUUUUCGUCAAGGAUUAUCGGCGGUCCGAUUCGGAUUACGUAGAUGGAAACUGGAAGCGGCCGAAACCCUGGGCCGACGCCGUCCUGUCGCCGGAACCCGGGACCGGCGGCAUCAUGCUCAAGUUCAAGGAUGACGUAGAGAGCGAGUCGCCACUUUUUACGCGCCGAUUUGUGGAGACGGACACGGUCGGUGCGCUCUUCAAAUAUGUUGAAGCGGAGUUUCAAUAUGGGCCAGAUAAUGGUUUUGGACUGGUCUGCGGCAGUCUAGGGUCAACCCGGGGCAUCGCGGCGGACGCAGUCCCAAGUUCGCUGGCGACGCCCCUCAAGGACGCAGGCGUGCACGGACUGUACGACGGACAGGUGGUCACGGUGGUUCCGGACAAUAGCGAC